UGACAAACAAGAGACACCAACACACUUUCUCCUCCUGUGUGUGUCAUUCAUUGGCCAGAGAUAGAGGAGCUGACUCGCAUCUUCCUGCAGGAGAUGCUCCAGAUGCAGCAGAUCGCCCAGAACGGCCCAUGAUCCCACCGCAGCCGCCGUCAGAGGUACCAAACAGAGAGAGACGACAGACAGACACGCACACCAUCUCCCUCUAUCCCUUUCGCUGUGUGUGUGUGUGUGUGCAGUUGACGACUGGCACUGUGUUGGGUUCGAGCAUCAUGCAGGACAAGGAGCGUGCGCUGCUGUACAAGAGCAACCCGUCGCUGCGUGUGAGAGGUGGCGGAGUGCUGCCGACCGGGCCCCCAUCUGGCCUCAAUGUGGAAGGCAUCACAUACGACGACCCCGCACACGACACGCAAGACAUCAGAGAAUACAUCAGCGACUCAUUCGAGUGACUGUCUGACAGUGAGUGAGGUGAGUGCGGCCGACACGACACACACGGCGCAAGAG